GUAACAUUGUUCUGAAGUGUUCCACGGUACGGGCCAUCUUUGGUCGUCCUCGCCGGUGACAGUUUGGACACUUUAUUCCAGUCAUCAAUGACUUAUUAUUUAUAAACAGCAUUUCGCCUUAAACGAGCCACUUGAAGCACAGAGAAAGGGAAAAGGCUUCCUGGUUUCUGGACUGUCUUUCCUUCAAUACUCUUCAUUUCUCCAGGCAAGAAAAGAGGACGAGACGGGAGAGGCGGUGAUACAACAUGGAUGAGGAAUAUGAUGUGAUCGUUUUGGGCACCGGACUGACAGAAUGCAUUCUGUCAGGGAUCAUGUCUGUGAAUGGGAAAAAGGUUCUGCACAUGGACAGGAACCCAUACUAUGGCGGUGAGAGCUCCUCCAUCACCCCCCUGGAGGAGUUGUACAAGCGCUUCAGCCUCCCAGAUACCCCCCCUGAGUCCAUGGGCAGAGGACGAGACUGGAACGUAGACCUCAUCCCCAAGUUCCUUAUGGCCAAUGGGCAACUUGUGAAGAUGCUGCUAUACACAGAAGUGACGCGGUAUCUUGACUUUAAAGUUGUAGAGGGAAGCUUCGUCUACAAAGGAGGAAAGAUCUACAAGGUGCCAUCCACCGAGACUGAGGCGCUGGCUUCAAAUUUGAUGGGGAUGUUUGAGAAGCGAAGGUUCCGGAAGUUCUUAGUCUUUGUGGCAAAUUUUGAUGAGAACGACUCCAAGACUUUUGAGGGCGUGGACCCCAAGACCACAACAAUGAGGGACGUGUAUAAGAAAUUUGACCUGGGUCAAGACGUCAUUGAUUUUACAGGCCACGCCCUAGCCCUCUACAGGACCGACGACUAUCUUGAUGUUCCCUGUUUGGAAACGAUCAAUCGCAUUAAACUGUACAGUGAGUCACUGGCGCGGUACGGGAAGAGCCCCUACCUCUAUCCUCUGUAUGGACUGGGAGAACUGCCACAGGGGUUUGCCCGGUUGAGUGCCAUCUACGGAGGAACCUACAUGCUGAACAAACCAGUGGAUGAGAUUGUGGUGGAAGACGGCCACGUGGUUGGAGUGAAGUCUGAGGGCGAGGUGGCUCGCUGUAAGCAGCUCAUCUGUGACCCCAGCUAUAUUCCUGACCGCGUCCGUAAGGCGGGACAGGUGAUCCGUGUGAUCUGUAUCCUCAGCCACCCCAUCAAAAACACUAAUGAUGCCAACUCCUGCCAGAUCAUCAUUCCUCAGAAUCAGGUUAACCGCAACUCAGACAUCUACGUGUGCAUGAUCUCCUAUGCUCACAACGUGGCGGCCCAGGGGAAAUACAUCGCCAUCGUCAGCACCACAGUGGAAACCAACGAGCCCGAGGUUGAGAUAGAACCAGCUCUGGAGCUGCUGGAACCUAUUGACCAAAAGUUUGUGGCAAUUAGUGAUCUUUAUGAGCCCACGGAUGAUGGGACUGAGAGCCAGGUGUUCGCGUCAAGGUCCUACGAUGCCACCACCCACUUCGAGACCACUUGUAAUGACAUCAAGGACAUCUACAAACGUAUGACCGGGAGCGACUUUGACUUUGAGAACAUGAAGCGCAAACAAAAUGAUGUGUUUGGGGAGGAUGAGCAGUAAGCUGUAGAGAGGGCGGGGCCAGGGGAGGUGGGAGGGGCCAGGGGAGGUGUGAGAACAGAUGAUGGGGUGAGUUCUGCUCUGUCUGUCUGAGCCAUUGACCUCCAUUUCCUUUGUGUGUCUCUCUCUCUCUCUCUCUCGCUCUCUCUCUUUUUCGUUCACACACACACACACACUUGAACACACACAUACAAACCGUUCAAAUACUCGCACUCCUUAUAUCUGUCACUGUAAAGCAGGGUUGAUAUGGUCUUUCAUUCCACACAUAAUCAUGUCUUAACUCUUAUCAUUCGAGGUAAAUUUAUUACUUGUCAUUGCUGAUGUUUGAAACAUGUCAGUGUUUCUGUACCAUCUGUCUCAGAGGUCAGAGGUGCUCUGACAUGGAGACCUGCUCAGUGCAGCCUCCUCUGUAGGGCCACCUCCAGCAGACACGCAUGCAUCUUUUACACACAGUAGUAUUGUACAUAGACCCAAAGGACACUGCGGAAUGAAAGCUGGACCAUUUCCCUCAUCGUUAACCCUGCUUACACUUUUCUCUUACUUGGUCUUUUACCUGUGUUUCUUCAAUAGCGCUGCUCCUUUUGGCAAAAUCUGUUGGUCAGGCAAAUAAUGUGAUUCAAACAUUAAAUAUAAAUGGGCUCACUUUGCGAUGCUGUUGUGUUCCCUGUGCUAGUGGGCGAGCUAACCAGUGGCUAUUAACUGACCCCACCCUCCACAAAACCGCGUUCUUUGUUUUUCUCUGUUGUGUGAUGUCAUUUUUGAAUUUAAAUAGUUUCUAACAUUUUAAAUUAUUGAAGAGUUUGAUUUCUACGAGUUUGGUGCAGAUUUUACAAGCUGAAAUUAUGAUGGAGCUAGAAAGUCUGAACAUCAGGAGCUAGCGAGGCAGGAAGAUAGUCUGUGUUUGGGGGAGUAUUUUAACAGAAAUUUUAGAGUAAGUGAUGCAAACAAGCAAGGCAAACUGCACAUCAUCAAAUACAAGGAAACUUAGCAGUGGCAAAAAGAAUGUAUGUGUGGAAUGUGAGAGGUCAGCAAUGGAAGAAAAGUUCAGCUCAUAGUGGAAGCAGCACACUGUACUGGUUACUGGUCCAACCUGUGUGUACAUCAGUUAGAUCCCCUUAGUGAGAAAGUAGCUGGGAAGGAAAACCUGGUGGAAAAACCUGGAUUCUAUAACUUGAAAAGGCUUUGUAGCAUAACAAAAGUAUCCCGUCCCAGAAGAAUCAUUUAUUUGAUUGUAGCCUUAACUUGGGUCUGAUCUCCAAAUUCACUGCCAUGUUGUACCAAGUGGUUGGAGAUGGGUAGAGUCUUGUUGUGCCGUUGUUGGUCGAUCACUGGGAGCGUUGAUUUCAUUCCAGCAGUGCAUUUUGCUCUGUCUGAACACUACAGAAGGCGGUGUCCAUCAAACCAAGCACACUGGGUGAAAGAACCUUCCAGCUACUGGACAAUGACACCGAACCAGACUCGUCCCUUGAUCAACCACAACUAAUCCCCUAGCAACAAAAGUUACUGCAUGUCUGGGGUGUCACGUGUUUUGCUGUUCUCCUGUAUUCGUUGAAAUUCCACUGACGUUUCAUGGAAAAGUUACGUCAGAUGCUGAUUAUGAUAUGAAGAUAAAGUGAUGCACAAAGAAAUCCUAUCUUUUUUUAUUUGCUGUGUCAUGACCUCUGUUUACCUUGUUUAGUGAUCAUUCCUGAGUUAAUAUGGUUAUUAGCUACUCUGACACAGAGCUGAGGUCGACAGCAGCUGUGUAUUCAGUGCAGCCUUGUGUGUGGGUUUGCAUGCGUGUGUGAGUGUGCUUGGUCUUCAACACGCUACGAUAUCAGAGAAAAACUGGAAACCCAUCUACUGUUUAAAGCCCAUCUUCAGAUUCUGUCUUCUCUUUUUUAUUUAUUAAAAAAAACCUUGUGUGUGUUUGUACUGGUUUGAUUUUCAUCCAGUUUGGCCUUUUGAACCUUUUGAAACUGACAACAUAGUUCAGGCUGAGUAGUAGAAAAUCUUACUGUCCUUGUUUGAUCACUAGUAUGUAAAAAUGCCUAACGUCUUGUGUAACAAAUAGAACAAAUUAAACUAUGAAUGAAAUGAUAGAAAAUAAAAAGCACAUGGCAAACCUACAA